AUGGCCGACAUUGGCGAAAUUAUCAACCUAAAUGCCUCCAGGACGAUCACGCCAGCUGCAGUAGGCUCUCAGGUAGCUCUGAUGUCAAUAAUUUCGGUCGUUACGAUUGUGGUAUUCAACGUAUUGCGACCUAAGAACAAGGUCAUCUACGAACCCAAGGUCAAGUAUCACGUCGGUGACAAGCAGCCGCCGCGAAUAUCUGACUCCCUUUUGGGAUGGCUACCACCUCUCAUACGCACGAAGGAACCUGAGCUUGUUGACAAGCUUGGAUUGGAUGCCGUCACCUUUCUCAGAUUCACUCGCAUGACUCGAUCACUUUACUCGGCCAUCGCUUUUACAUGCUGCGUCAUUCUUAUCCCUAUCAAUAUAUCCUACAACCUCAAGAACGUUCCUUCGGAGGACCGAAAUAUCCUUUCCAUGUUGACUAUCCGGGAUGUGAAGGGUUCUUUCCUCUUUGCACAUGUCGUGGUCUCGUACGUGAUCUCAGCGCUCGUCAUGUUUUUCGUAUGGCGGCACUGGAAAGAGAUGCUUCGUCUCCGGCAGCAAUGGUUUCGCUCUCCUGAAUAUAUGCAAUCCUUCUAUGCGCGGACACUUGCGGUCAUGCGUGUACCCAAGAAAUACCAAUCUGACGAGGGCAUCCGCGCCAUCUUCGAAAGCGUUCAGGUUCCAUACCCUACUACCUCGGUACACAUCGGUCGUAAAGUCGGAAGGCUACCUGAGCUUAUUGAAUAUCAUAACACUGCCGUUCGCGAACUCGAGCAGGUUCUCGUGACAUACCUCAAGGGCGGCAAAAUAGCGAAAGAACGGCCCACAAUUCGGAUAGGUGGAUUCAUGGGCAUGGGUGGUACUAAAAGGGAUGCCAUAGAUUUCUAUACCGCAAAGCUGAAACGCACGGAACAAGCAAUUGAGGAUUAUCGUCAGCAGAUUGAUACCCGCAAAGCAGAGAACUAUGGUUUUGCAUCUAUGGCAGCGGUUCCGUAUGCUCAUAUUGUCGCUACCUUACUUCGAAAGAAGCAUCCGAAAGGUACCGACAUCGCUCUUGCGCCGAACCCUAAAGAUAUUAUAUGGGUAAAUCUCAACAAGUCAACUUCCGAGCUCAUCCGCAAUAAAUUCAUCGGUUCUUUGUUCUUGGUGCUAGUUUGUUUCUUCAACACUAUCCCCCUGUUCAUCAUCUCUAUCCUGGCAAACUUGAGCUCAAUAUCUGCCUACGUGGGUUUCCUCUCGAACUGGGCUCUUGCAUCUCCGGGAUCAUUUGCUUUUGUUUCUGGUGUCGCGCCUCCUACCAUUUCGGCACUUUUCGGUUUUUUCCUCCCCAUCGUCAUGCGUUGGUUAAGUAAAUUCCAAGGUGCCCUUACUCACAGCCGACUUGACCGUGCUGUCGUUGCACGCUACUUUGCUUUCCUUGUUAUCUCCCAGCUGAUUAUCUUUACUCUCAUUGGCGUUGGAUUCAUUGCAGCCGAACAGAUUGUAACGGAAAUCGGCCAACACACCAGUUUCCAGGAUAUUAUCAACAAUCUGCAUACCUUGCCGAGUACCAUCAAUCAAACGUAUAUUAAUCAGUCGUCGUACUGGUUGACAUACUUCCCACUCCGCGGCUUCUUGUUUAUCUUCGAUCUGGCACAGAUCCUGAAUCUUCUCUGGACGUCGUUUAAGACUCAUGUUUUUGGUCGCACACCUCGUGAUAUCAGAGAGUGGACACAGCCGCCAGAUUUCGAGUAUGCUAUUUACUACGCGAAUAUCCUCUUCAUGGCCACCGUCGCCCUGGUCUUUGCUCCCCUAGCGCCCUUGGUCGUACUUGCUGGUGCUAUUGUGUUCUGGAUAGGUUCAUGGGUGUACAAAUAUCAACUGAUGUUCGUCUUCAUAACGAAGGUUGAGUCGGGAGGACGGCUCUGGAACAUGAUUAUUAACCGGUUGCUCCUCUCAGUCAUUCUCAUGCAACUGUUGAUGGCCCUGACCAUCGGCCUCCAAUAUGGCUUCAAGUCCUUCAUGUGGCUCACUACCGUCCCCCCAAUCUUGUUCAUCAUCAUGUUCAAGUUUCAACUUGACCGAACUUUCUACAAGAAUUUCCUUUACUACAUACCUUCGGAGACUGAGCUUCGCGAAGCAAAGGUGCACUCCUCGAGGUCAGAUGUUUCUGGCAGAGGGUUGGAGAAGCGCUUCGGUCACCCUGCGCUUCACGCAGAUUUGUUUACUCCGAUGCUUCAUGCAAGGAUGAUGCCACUCCUUGGGGACGUCUAUAAGGGAAAGAUUGGCAGUAACAAAGCCAAGCUGGAUGAAUAUGGUGGUCAGAAAUUGGACGCUCAAGUCAUCGAGGGUGGCUUGACGAUUGCCGCUAUCGAACAGCGCGAUUUGGAAUAUGAUCCUGCCCUUUACCGGCGUGAUCGAGGCGAGCUGGACUGGGAUCAACGGUCCAUUACAUCGACUGCGAUCUUGGGCAAUACUGGAAGCGGCGACAAUGCUUCGCUUUACCACCAGAAGACACAUCAAUACGCGGGUUCAAUCAAUGGAGGUCGUGCAUCUCCCGCGCCUCCCCCUUUCGACCGUUACCUCGCCCAGGGUCCAUCGCAAUCUCUGAAUGAUAUAGAGCUAGCACGCAUGAACCAGAGUGUGGAUCAGUUGCCUCUUCUGACAGAUCAUCAAUCAUAUGGAUACUUCGAUGCCCGGCAGCAACCACCGCCGUCUCCACUCCAUGGGUACGGCUCUCCAGAUCGGAUGACCCCGCCAUCUAGAUAUGGAUCGCCUGCACCAAUGGCAACGCUGCCUCAGAUGCAAUAUCCUCCUCAUCCCGGGAUGCACCGGAGUCCCACAGAAGGCUACAGGGAAGCACCGCUACAUCGCCCGUAUCCUCCCCGUCGCCCAACCUCGACCUACUCAGUUGAUCCAUCGCAAAAUAUGUCUGGACGAGGUACCUACCGAGGGUAA